CAAUAUUGUUGAAUUAUCAGAGCAAGAGAAUAUCUUAUCAGACGUUUUAUCAAAAGAGCAAUCGAUUGAAAUCGUUGAAAAAAACGACGACAAAGAAGACGAAUUACAAACGAAAGAUUUAAAAAUAUUAAAUCAAGAAUUGAAAAACGAUCAGGAAAUUAAAAAAGCAUUCGAGAAACAAAAAUUUAUAUCUCACAAUAUGGCAGCGCAAUUAUGUGAUUUCAAUAUGAGAGAGGAUCGUUGUGCACCUGAAUUACCAAGUACCGAUGAUGUUGAAUAUGCAAGAGCUGCAGCCUGGGCUAGUGAAUCGUUAAAUAAUGUAUUGAAAGAUAAAAAAGGUCGUCAAUUGUUUCGUGUUUUCUUGCACGAUGCAUUGGCGGAAGAAAAUUUAUCAUUUAUUGAAUCGUUUGAGAAAUUCAAAGUAAUGACUUCACUAGAUGAUAAAAAACAAUACAUUCAAGAAUUCUUUGAAAAAUAUUCACCUUACGUCAAUCUUAGCAGUUUAGCAUUACAGAGAAUUAAAGAAACUGCAGUAAAAGAUAAUCCAGAUCCAGCAGCAUUUCUACUUGCCGUAAAAGAAGUAAACAGACUUUUGGAAUGUGAUCAAUUUCCAAGAUUUAAACGAUCCGAUAUUUACAUUAGCUUUCUAGAAAGAAUUAUGCCACGUGCAUAUGCUGAAAAAUGGACAACAAGUUUUGAAGCACUUGUUGGAAAUCAGGUUGGUCGACAUUAUUUUCGUUCCUUCUUGCGAAAUAUUCAUGCCGAGGAAAAUUUACGUUUUUGGGAAGCGGUAAUUGAAUAUAAGCAAACGAAAAAUAAAAGUGUUGCAAUGCUUAAUAUGGGUCGAAAUAUUCAAAAGCAAUAUUUGGUUGAAGGAGCAAAUAAUGAGAUAUUUCUACCAUUUGGUUUACGUCAAGUGAUUGAAAAUAAAAUUGAAACAGAAGAUGUGGAUAGUACAUUAUUCGAUGAAGCGAUAAAACAUAUCGAACAAGUACUUAAAAAUGAUCCAUAUGUACGAUUUCUGCAAUCAACCGAAUACAACGAUUUAUUGGCUAAAUUAAAAUAA